AUGAUGUUGAGGUCAAUAUUUGCUUUAUGCUUCUUAGCCAUGGUUAUGGCAAUGCGAAGGCCAUAUUCCUAUCCUCCUUAUUCUUACUCCCAAAAUAAGCCUAAGCAAUCAGCUAUGAUGCAACAACCAGCUGCUUGCCCGUCUGGGUGGAAACCCUUUCAGGACUCGUGCUAUUAUUACGAGACCAAAAUGAUGAAUUUUGACAAAGCAGAGGUUAAUUGUUUGGAGAAGGACGCACUGCUAUUCGUGGCGGAAACAAAUGAAGAAUAUAAAGAAGUGAUGAAAAACAGUCCUCAAAAUUACUAUACUUGGGUUGGCAUGAGGCAGUAUGAAGGUGAAUACCAAGGCAGAUGGGCAUCAGGAACGGGAAUUCCGCAAACUCAACUGGAUUGGCUAACCCCCACCUACAAUGGCUUCAGCGAUGCUGCCAGAUGUGUUGCUCAUUUUCACACUGAACCAGUAAAAUACGCUCUUUACCUCUAUUGUGGAAUGGAUCUCUAUUCGAUCUGCGAAAAGAAUGCAACGCACUUGAGAAACAUCUGGGACAUGGGAGCUAGGCCUUUCAAAAUGUUAUAAAUCUCCCCUUACGAGAAGCCCAUUCAUUCAUCAUUCCAAACACCUCGGAUCAGAUCUCGCCAAACUCAAAAAUGUCUGAUUUUGCAAGAAUUAUCGCUGAAGAAUUGUUUUUUUUACUACUGUACGCGCUCGAGGAGCAUUGGCCCAAAAUCUACGCGUGACUAAUCUAUUCAUCAUUGAUGCAUCAUUUGUCAUUAUCAGUAUUUCUCAGAACUAUAUUGAUUAUAUGUGAUAAGUAUCUGUUUUGGAAGUUAGUAACAAGUAUUUCCCAGCCUUAUUGUAAUUGAAGAAUGAUCAGGACAUCAGUCUUUGGUGAACUUAAUAAACUUUGA